AUGGAGAGAGAAAAAGAGAGAGAAUGCGAUAAAGAUAGAAGAAAGAGAAAGAAAAAAGAGAAAGAGAAAGAGGAAGAGAAAGAGGAAGAGGAAGAGGAAGAGGAAGAGGAAGAGGAAGAGGAAGAGGAAGAGGAAGAGGAAGAGGAAGAGGAAGAGGAAGAGGAAGAGGAAGAGGAAGAGGAAGAGGAAGAGGAAGAGGAAGAGGAAGAGGAAGAGGAAGAGGAAGAGGAAGAGGAAGAGGAAGAGAAGAGGAAAAUGAAGAGGAAAAGGAAGAGGAAGAGGAAGAGGAAAAUUAUUCCCUGGCGUUUCGUACUCUUUUGCUGGGAACUAUUUUUGGACUAUCACGCCGUCCCCAGCAUCACCGAAAUCAGGAGAUGCAAAAAGCUUAACACUUGCUCCACGUCUCGCUUCCUUGGUACUCUGCCAGCUGUCCCGGCAUUCAUCACUACGGCGGAUGCAACCCCCUGGAGGGAACGGACGGGUGUGAAUUUAGCGCCCUUCAAUCAACUGACUGAACGGCAUGCCGAUGCCAAGCCAGACUUUGAUAAGGCAAACUUUCCCGCUUUGGCGCGCUCGAACCGAUGUGCGCUCUUCAUCGAUUAUUCCGGCGGAACUGGCUUGAAUGACGUGAUAAUCUACGGAGCACUGGUUAGUAAUUAA